GCAAAUUUAUUACGACACCACGAUAGGCGUUUCAUAAUUGCAAGACUUACCAAUGAUGUGAGUCCACUGCUUUGAACUUGGAGUUUGAAAGUAAUCCUCAUUGGCUAGCGAAAUAAAGAUAAAAUCUAGUGAAGAAAGAACAAAACUGCUGCAAGAACAUCACAUUCACAUGGAAGCGGUUUCUCUUAGCACCAGAUUCAACCCCCACAGAAAUUUUUGUAUCAAGAUUCAAACUCAUACUCAGAAAUCAUGUCAGCUGUCUUGCGCAUGCGGCCGGAGAACAAGAUCGACGAGUGUUUUCUGGUCGAACUGCAGGGCACCUUCGAGCUUUCCAAAGAGGAGCUGAAGGCCCGGAACGGCGACAACCGGCAGGGGCUGGAACUGGGCCUGUUUCGGGUCAAGGAGGACCUGAAGAAGGCGGAAAUUCAGAUGGGAUCCAACACUUUGAUCGGCAAAAUCGAGCACCUGCCAAAACCCAUGCUCAUCGUCAGAAAGACCGGAAGAAAGGAGUACUUGCUGCGCCCGCCGGGUGGAAAAGAAGUCCUGGUCGGCGAUCUGACCACGGCCGCGAGCGGCGCGGGAACGUCCACCGCAAUACGACCGUCGGUGCUGCCCGGUGGUAGUAGUGGCAAUCCGAACGAGGGUACGGGGGAUGUGGUGAUGCAGACCAGCGCUACCGCAGCUGCAGCUGCUUCGUCAACGUCGCAGUUUGCGGCCAGCUUUCAGCAAAUAAAGAAUCACGAGGAUGUUGGUGGUAAAAAGGUCGAGUUUGGAAACUUCGGCGUAAGCAAUCCAACAGCUGCCGACAACGCGAUCAGUAACGUGGCCAAACCGCUGGCAAAAAACUUGCAGAUACGACAGCCGAGCAACAUUGACUGCGUUUCGGAGAUAUUGGAAGUAGAGGCGGUAAUCCGGAAAAAAGCGAUCUUUAACACCAGGCCCAGUAUCUACGUCCCCCCGGAGCUGGUGGUGCCAGACAAGGACUGGCAUAUGAAGAAGGGAAAGAAAAAGUAGAGACGUAAAAUGAUCAAAGAUAGGAUUGCAGCUUCUGUGCCUGUGCUGGGGAGAAAAACAUAUCGAUAUUGAUGUGUUGGCUUUUACGUACUUAUUCAAAAUUUUGCACGGAGAACGAGCAGGAGUUCACUAAUGCAGCAGAACAAUGCUACAGUGUGAUUUCUGUCACACCAACGACCUGCAACUCCUGCAACAGUAGUUACAUGCAACUCAGAUGAGCAUCUCGGUGUCGGUCUCGAUAGUCGUGCAGAC